GUGGGCGAGGCUUUGCCGGCACGACAGCGCCACUUUUGAGCGCUCGUUUACAUUGUCAACAACAGCAGCAGAAGUUGUGAGACUGCAGUCAAGCGUCACAAAACAGUUCUUCGAUGACCAGUUAUAUGUGGAAGGUCAGAGAUGGUUCAAGACAGUGCCCACAUUCGGCGGCAGGGUGCCCUGGACUUCACGGCUUACUAUGAUUUUGCCUGUGCCAGGCAGGAAUCAGUCCCUCUACCUGCUGUUAAGAUGAACCUUGACAAAGGGAUGCUGGACUUUAAUGGAGACAAGCUCAAACUGACUGACUGGCCACCUAUUCUCAGUUCUAUAUCCAUCAACAAACACUUGCAUCACAUUGCAAUAAGUAGCACAUAUCAAGCUAGUCUGGGUUCUGGAGAUGCAGAUAGAAGAUAUUUUAAAUCUAGCUUCAGGAGGAGGAUCCCAGCUAUCCGCUCUAAGGACAUGACUUUAAAACUGUGCAAGGCCCUGAGAGAUUGUCUGAUAGUCUCCUCCAGCCUCAAGACUCUGCAGCUUAAUGGACUUCCCCUGAGAGAAAGGGACCUCAUUAUACUGACAAAGGGCUUGUCCAAAAGCACUUCCUUGGAAAACCUGUCUCUGGCUAACUGUCCGAUCACAGAUGAGGGCUUAGAGGUUAUUUGCCAAAGUGUCAAGUAUUCUACAAGCAUCAGGUCAAUAGAUUUCACAGGAUGCAGCCUUACCUGGAGAGGGGCAGAGCAUAUGGCCAACAUCAUCAAGCAUCAAGGAAUGCAGAGGCAUGGCACAGCAUGGGCAGAGUCUUUAAGGUAUCGACAGCCACAGUUUGAGGGAAUGGGAGGUCUCCGCCGGGUCACCCUUAACUGUAACACUUUGAUUGGGGACCGGGGUGCUGCUGCCCUUGCACGUGAACUGUCUGAAGACCUCUGGGUUAAAGCUGUGGAUCUCCAGAAAUGUGGUCUGUCCAAUGAUGGAGCUCGUCGCUUGCUGGAGUCCUUGAAAACUAAUUCUUCUUUGUGUGUGCUGGAUAUCCGUAGUAACCCCUUAGUUGAUAAGGUCCUUAUUAAAACUGUAAUAGAGAAGGUGCUGAUGAAUGCUGAUGGACAAUCACCAGAGUACUGCUGGAUCAAGCCUGCAACCACAGAGCCAUCAAAAACUUCUGGACCAAAGAGAAGAGCACUGGCCAGUACAUUACGAGGAAAAGCUGCAUUUAGGAUAGCUACUCAUAAAGGAGCAUCUUCUGGAGGACGGACUUCAGGUGCUGCUCAGAUACAGAAGGCCUAUUCACGCUCCUGUUAUGUGCCUUGGCGUGCUGCUGCACGAGCUGGACGCCAGAGAGGUCUGCCACCUGGAGUUACUGUGAUUGACCAAAGCUUUCAGGGAGCAGCUAUUGUGAAGGUCACUAUGGAGUCUGAUUCAGAGGAAGAGGAGGAGGAGGAAGAGGUGGUGGUGGAAGUGGAGCAGAGACCAUCUUCUCUCAGUCUUCAAGACAGCGUCACUGGACGGCAGUUUGAACGCUUGCAGAUGGAGCUAAAAGAGUGUCGUCUGAGGCUGGCAGAAGAGCGCAGGGCCAGAUUAAAAGCUGAGUCGAGGCUCAUGGAGUAUGAAUUAGAAAAUGCCCGACUCCGUGAUGCCAACCACUCCCUGUCGGAGGCGCUAGCGGCCACUGGUUCAGUAUCAGCACCACCUGCUUUCAGUGCUCUUGAAGAUGACGCAGUGCUCGAGAGCAUCGAGAGCUCUUUCACUAAGUUUCAUGCCUUCCUGGAUCUCCUCAAGGAUGCCGGCCUAGGUCAGCUGGCUUCAAUGGCUGGAAUUGACAGGUCAGAUUUCCAACCUGUGGGAAGACCUCUGCUCUCCUCGACAGUCGGACCACAUUUGGAUGGUGCAGCAUCUCUGACUCGGGGUGAAUUUGUGGAUGUUACGGCAAAGACUGAUGCAGUGUCUUUGGUGAGCAGUGUCCUGUCUGCUCCACUUAGUGGCCCCGUGGUCACCACAACUCCCAGAUCUGCAUUGUCUGUCAGAGCACCCUUGCAUAAAGGCAGGCUUCUAGAUGUGACCUUCACUCAGGCUUCAGGAGGUGCAGCAGACCCUGGUGUAGGCAGAGAAGAAGAGCCGGAUCAAUAUUCAAGGCCUGUUACCCAGCAUGACUCAGGUUCUGAGCGCAGUUUCCUUAGCCAAAAGUCCUUUGAUAAUAAUUCCUUUGGUAAAACUUUCCAGGCUCAAACAAGCCACCAUAAAAGCAACAGCAACUCUCACAGAAGCAACAGUCCCCAUGGAUACAGCUUCAACAACAGCUGCGCUUACAGUUGUGCUUCGCAUAGCAACGGGUCUCAUGGCGGUUCGUCUGUAAGUCUUAGUGACAUUAUAAGUGACAAGGCAGAGUCGGUGGAAUCAGUAGGGUCAAGGAACAGGGGAAAGGGAAGGUCAGCGACAGUAAGUCAGUCGGGGUCAGAAGUGUUAGAGAGGAAAGCCGAUCCUGGGAGGGGUGUUCUAGAGCAGCUCGGGUCUCUGAGGGUUCUGGGAGGUCAGUCCGAUAAUGACUCCUUCUGAGCAGCUGACCAGAGAAAAAUGAAAACUACUGUGUCUGUUCUCUGUUUUUUUCUUAAAGUUAUUUCUGUUACCCAAUGAUGUUGCUGACUGUACAUUUUUUUUACACAAGGAUGGACUUAUUUUUAUCAUUUUUGGAAGAUGGAACACCAAAAUUCUUUGAAUUUCAAUCCCAGUUAUUUCAGUUUCUUUUAAAAAAAAAAAAAAAAAAAAAGAGAGAAGUCAGUUAAAAAUGUAUGUAAGCCAAAAGAGAGGCAGGUAGUUUGUUUUAUUCAGGGAUGGAGACAACUGUGUCAAGAAACUGAAUGCAAUGUAUAUUUUUCUAUGCUUUAAAGCAUGGGGAUAUCUGCAGAAUAACACUUUGAUUCAGUAAACUGUGAUCGUUUCAAAGCUAACCCCUCCUUAAUCAAAAAUCUGCAAAUCAGAUUUCUCCCAGUGUGAUUCUGAUCUGAACUCAAACCAGUAUCAAAAAGUUUCAAUGUCAAAAAGGAAAUUCAAUGUCAAAGCCAUUUCAUGGCUCAUGGGAGCUUUAAGUAGAAAUUCACACCUUGUUUCAUGUGUUUUACACAAAAGUUUUGAUAUGUUUAUUUUUGUCUGUUUUUUAUGAAGAUGUUAUGUUGUAGGAUUGUAUCAUUUUAUGUUCCUGUUGGGAUACCGUGCUCAGCUCUUAAAUUUAUAUUUUAUAAUAAACAUGUCUGCUGGUUAACACUAAAUCAGGUUGUUUUUCAGAAAUUUGAAAGUAAAAAAAAGAAAAUGAUAGAAAUGACAAAUUAUUAUGACCCUGGCAUUGGAGAUUUUCAGAAGAUUCUUUAAGAUACCAUGUUUAUGUCAAAAACUUUGAGGCAUGUGCAGUAAUAAAAGGCAAUACAAAUAUUUACUGGUUAUUAAAUCAGGCUGUUGUGCCAGCUGACAGAAACCUGAAGAGUGCUGACUGAAAACACAGUGGUUCUUCUCAGCACAGUGUGUUUUGAAGGAAUUUCCAGUUCCCUAUUGUGCACUAUAAUUAAGCAUUUCUAGCAGCCUGUUAUUGGUUCAAAUUGUGGACUUGAAUCUACUCUACAUGUAGACACCUUUUUGUGGGACAUGUAAGCUACUUUAGCAGGACUAGUGUCUGUUUUCUAUUUUCUUGUCUACAGUUCCUCAAACAUCUUCCAAAAGCACGUUGUUUUUUUGUGGGUUUCAGUUGGACAUAGUGUUCUUUUGGAAUGAGCACUUUCUUCCAUUACAAAUGUGCACCAAACACCAGUAAAAGCCAAAAGAACAUCAGGAGAGAGCAGUGCACAAAAGGUUUCAUUUGUGAUGUUCUUUCAGUGUUGCCUAAACUUUUAUUCGUACAUUUGUCUUGAGAUUCUUUUUCCUCAGACACCAGCUUCGCAAAUGUGUUGUUUUUUUUUUUUUUUAUAAUAAAGUCACUGAUAGAGUGCAGUACAGACAUAGUUUGGGAUAAAAAUACAGUAACUUGCCACAUCUGUUUAUUUGAUUCUCUUUAUGUGUAGUUGACAUACUGUGUACCUACCAGUAAUGUUAAAAAUGCACGAUAUAGGAAAUAGGAGUUUCUGUGGAAAUAAAGACAGUUCCGUAGCUGUUACAUAUGGGCUUAAGGGGAUACGUCAGGUUUGAACUGCACUGAGAAAAAUCAGGUAAAACUCUUUGUUUUAAACAUAUAUUCACUGAAUUAGAUGAUGUGCAAUGCUGUGCAAAGUCAGGAUGGUUUUUAAUUAACUAUAUUUAAGUGCAGUAAACAAAAAACUAAAUCAAAUAAAUGUUUCAUGUGACUUGUGGAUAUUUUUGUAAGGUACUUGGCAGAUUGUUGUUUUUUUUUCCAAGCAUUGUCUCAGUAGUUUUGUGGACUUCGGUUGUCUCUGAGUCUUCUGUCUCUGAAAUGAAUUCCCAGACCGACUCCAUGCUGUUGAGGUCAGGACUCUGUGGAGACUGUUGCAGGACUUGUUGCUCUUCUUGCUGCUCAAGAUUAUGUUUAUCACUAUGGCUGUGUGUUGGGACUCAUUGUCAUGCUGCUAAAUGAAUUUUGGCCCGAUCAGAUGCCUCCCUGAUCUUAGAGCUUGAUGGGUGAGUAUCUGAAAUGUCUUAAAACUUCAUGACAACACUUGAACACAUCUUACAAAUGAAAAGUUCAAUUUUUGCUGCUGUAGUCCUGUUGGAUCUAGUAUGACCAGCAGCUCAUAGUGGCUACUUUGACUAAUAUUUUGGGCAAAUUCUGUUAACAGUUUUUAAUUUUUUAUUUAUUUUUUUGCUUUGCUGACUAUUAGUCAGAAUGAAAAUGAAAUUGGCAGAUUUACGGUAACAUUAACUGGACAAUGCUGAAGUCAUUGUUUUGCAAACCCAGGGUGUGGUUCCUGUAGUGGUUUCCCAGACUGCUAUUUCAGAGAAGGACAUUUAGCAAAUCUAUAGGUGUUACUUUUUUUUUUUCCUGCUUCCUGUGUGAGACUGAAACUUGAGUAGGUCUGUAUGUACAGCGCUGUGGAAAAGUAUUUGCUGAUUUCUUCUAGGUUUGCUUGUUUCUCACACCUAAAUGUUCCAGAUCAUCAAACCACCUUUGCAACAACAACUGCAGUUAAAUGUUUGUGAUAGCUUGUGAUGGGCCUUUUACAUCACCAUGGAGGGAUUCUGACCCACUCUUCUCUGCAGAAUAGUUUUAAUUCAGGCACAUUAGAUGGUUUUUGAGCAUGAACUGUCCUUUGAAGGUCUUGCCACAGCAUCUCAAUUUGACUCAAGUCCUGACUUUGAGUCAGCCACUCCAGAACCUUCAUUUUGUUCUUUUUGAGACAUUCAGAGGUGGACUUGUUUGCAUACUUUGGGUCAUUGUCAUUCUGUAUAAAUCAUGUGUGCUUGAGCUUUAGGUCAUGAACUGAUGGUGGAUAUUCUCUAGGAAGAUUUUCUGAUAGAGAGCAGAAUUCAUGGCUCCAUCAGUUAUGAUAAGUCAUCCAGGUCCUGUGGAAGCAAAGCAGCCCCAAACCAUCACACUACCACCACCAUGUUUCAUUGUUGGUAUGAUGUUCUUCCUGUGGAAUGCAACUUUAGCUUUACGCCAGAUGUAGCGGACCCGUGUCUUUCAGAAGUUGCACCUUUGAGUCAACAGGGUGUUAUCCCAAAAGUCUUGGCGAUCAUCUUGAUAUUUUUUUGCAAAUCCCAGACAAACCUUUUUGUUGUUUUUGGUCAGGAGUGGUUUUCGGGUGACCUCCUGGAUUAGAUGUCGACAUGCUCUUGGAGAAAUGUUGGUAGGCUGGGAAGGUUCAUCACUGUUUCAUGUUUUCUCCGUUUGUGGAUUGCUGGAGUUCCAGAGCCUCAGUAAUGGCUUUGUAACCGUUUCCAGAUUGAUAAAUGUCAACUUGUCUGCAUCCAUUCUUUAGAAAGUGGCAUCAUGUGCUGCUUUUUGAGACCCUUUAGCCUACUUCACAAUGCCAGACAGGUUCUAUAAAGAUUCAACAAGCCUGGCAGUAAUCCUAUGUGGGUGUAGCUUUUGAAAUCGAACCCAACUGUUAAAUGAAUUUAGUCAUUUGGUAGACUGAUAGCUAAGGGAGACAUUUGCUUUUUUGAAUCAAGCAAGAUGGGGCUGGACAGCAUUUUCCCCUUCAAUAAAUGAAAUCAUCAUUUGAAAACAGCAUUUUGUUUUCUUGGGUUACCUUUUACGGUAUUUUUUCCACAGCACUGUACAUUAAAAUAUGUUCAACUCAGAUUUCAGCUCAAUACAGAGAAACAUUUCGCAGGCAAACCUGAAAAGAACCUUCUGUCAUAUUUUUGUGUGGUGUCAGACUUUAAUAGUAAUAUGAAAAGAAAAUUGAUAAGGCCCUGACAGUGCAAAGCAAGGACUUUAUCACCGUGUAAUAAAAAAUGAACUGCUUAUGUACUA